AUGGCUGGGGACACGUCGAAGGAACAGCCGUUCACGCUGAACGUCCCAGACGCAGACCUCAACCUCCUCAGACAGAAGCUCAAGAACACCCGCUUCCCCGACGAGCUCGACGAAGCCGGUUGGGAGUACGGCGUGCCCCUCGCGGACGUGAAACGCCUCGUCGCGCGCUGGCAGGACGGCUUUGACUGGCGCGAGUCCGAAGCGGCCAUCAACGCGCUGCCCCAGUUCACGCGCGACAUCGAGGUCGAGGGCUUUGGGACGCUCAACAUCCAUUACCUCCACCAAAAGAGCGAAGAGAAGAACGCUGUCCCGCUGCUCUUUGUGCACGGAUGGCCCGGACACUUCUUGGAGGUGCGGAAGAUGCUGCCGCUGCUGACCGCGAAGUCGGCGGACCAUCCGAGCUUCCACGUGGUCGCGCCGAGCCUGCCUGGCUUUGGGUUCUCGGAAAACCCGAAGAAGAAGGGGUUCGCGCACCGCCAGUACGCCGAAGCGGCGAACAAGCUCAUGAUCAGCCUGGGAUACGACCAGUACGUCGUCCAGGGAGGAGACUGGGGUCACUAUGUCUCGGCGUACCUCAGCACAUUCUACGCCCACACGAACCUCAAAGCGUGGCUCUCCAACUUCCCCCACGCCCGGCCCCCGACGCUCGCCCAGUCCCCACGGCUGUACCUCGCGAACCUGCCCACGCCCUACACCGCGCGCGAGCGCGAGGGCCUCGCGCGCACGAGGGCGUUCGAGGCCACCGGCGGCGGGUACGCGUUCGAGCAGGGCACGAAGCCGCAGACGGUCGGCACCGCGCUCGCGGACUCGCCCGCGGGACUGCUCGCGUGGAUCUACGAGAAGCUGGUCGGGUGGAGCGACGGGUGCCGGUGGGAGGACGACGAAGUGCUCGAGUGGGUGUCCAUCUACUGGUUCUCGCGCGCGGGCCCGGCGGCGUCGGUGAGGAUCUACAAGGAGAUGACCGGGUGCUGGGCGUACCCCGUCGUCACCAACGUCAAGUGGACGUCGAUCCCCUUCGGCAUGUCGCACUACAAGGACCUCCAUUACAGCCCGAAGAAAUGGUUACAGACGCUGGGCAACCUCCAGUUCGAGUCGGAGCUGCACGAGCGUGGGGGCCACUUCGCCGCGUAUGAAGUCCCGGAGGCUCUCGUAGGCGAUAUCAGAAAGUUCUUUGGCAAGGGUGGGGCCGCUUUCGGAGUGGUCGAGGGCAAGAACGGAUAUGCUUCAUUCCAAUGA